AGGAGGGAGGUGUUGAGGGUGAGUGGGGAGUGGGGCCCGCUGCCCGAGGGCCGGUCGGUGCUUCCCAGGGAGACUGAGCUUAGGAAAAGGCGCUUCUUAUCACGCGGGGCUCUGGAUGAAGCUCACGAGUCACCCAACUUCAGGUCUUUGUGGAGGGCUGCCCUUUCUGUCCCGGGUUUGCCCCUCUUAGGCCAGGCACAGCCAAAGUGUGCUGUACCAGCGUCUGUUCCUCCCCUUCUGCUCCCGUCUGCUGGAAAAGGCUUCACGCUCCGUGUCCUCUCCUCUUCUAGAUGGAGCCAGCAAUGGAGUCCAUAUUUUCCAUUUUCCAGAGCCCCGGGAGGAGUGAUCCUGCAGGAUAUCCAGGGGACUGCGUUUUGGGGGACAAUGAGGACGAGAAAGGCUUCCCUGAAGACCUUAAGCAAGAGGAACUGCCUCAGGUACGUGAAGUCCAGAGCCCAGAGAGGGGGGCAGCCUGUGAUGAUUCCCCUCACAAAAAAAGAGACUCCAGGAAACACGUCCUCAGCACUGAUGGCGAGAAACUGCGCUGGGAAGAGAAACCCUUCAAGUGUCCAGAAUGCGGGAAGGCCUUCAAGGGCCACUGCAGGCUCCUGACCCACCUGCAAAUCCAUUCAAGAGAAAAGGUGUUUGUGUGUGCAGAAUGUGGGAAGAGCUUCAGCAGGAAGGCCAACCUGGUGGUGCACCAGAGAGUCCAUACAGGGGAGACGCCCUACAAGUGCAAGGAAUGUGAGAAAACCUUCAGCCGUGCCUCGACCCUCCUUGCUCACCACAAAACCCAUCUGAAAAAGAAAACCUUCUCCUGCACCACGUGCAGAAAGAGCUUCAGUAGGAACACAGCUCUGCUGCAGCAUCAGAGAGUCCACGCAGAUGAGAAACCCCAUAGGCGUUCAGAGCAUGGAAAUAGCUUCAGUGUGAGCUCAAACACCAUCAAACACCAACAGCUGAGAGACAGGCCCAGUGAACACACAGCAGAUGCAAACCAACCUGAAUUUACAUCUCUUGGGCAGAAGGAAGAGCAAAAGUGUGGUGCAGAGGAAAGCCAGAUGGAUCACUGGAAUCUUGUUUCUGAAGAGUUGAAGAAAAUGAGGGCAAAUAUGGAUAUGCUUCUCCUGAAUCAGCAAAGUCAACUGCAGGUGCUUCAGGAAAUUCAGAAGCAAUUAAAUACACUGCUCCCAGGCAAUGCUCUCCUGAAUUCCAACGUUUAUAGCUUAGGACUCCUGCUAGGACAGCAGAUGGCUGCUGCAGCAUCUAUUUCUUGCCCCCUUCUUAAUCCCAGCAGUCUCCUCUCCUAUGAAGGUGCCAGUGCCUUAUCCCUUUCAUCUGCCUCUGGAGCUCUGCCUGCACCUCAGCUCCCAAUCUCUCAAGAUUCUGUGACUGCUGCAGCCUGCUCAGCUUUGUGCUGUAAACGCGUGUGACUGUUCUGGACCAUUCUGCCACUCAGGGCAGGUGACCCCUGGGCUGUGGUGUUGCAGUUGUUGUAGCUGUGGAGGUGCUGACUGUACACUCAGAUGCAUCAGCAAGCAGCAGCUGAUCAAAUCCCUGCCCUGUAGCCUGCAGGGAUUUUUGCCAGGAAUGACCUUUGUCGAGGCAGCUCAAGAGAUCAUUAUCGCUGGGGUGCAGUGACUUGAAACAUUCAUUCACAAGAUAAUGCAUCAAACUUGAAUGUAUUUUUUUACCUGAUACAUCUUUCAGCAUGGAUUUGGGCAGUUGUACCUCUCCUAACGACCGGAAUCCAAUGAUAAAGUCCUCAGGGACAUUUCACACAUCUCCUGUUAAGUCUGAUUUAUAUAGAGGGAAGCAAGAUGCUUAUGUAAAGAUGUUCAGUUUACAGCACCCCUAUUCCCAGCAUCCAUUUCAAAAGCUUCUUUCCUUUAGGAAGUCUUUAAAUCAGGUGUCCUUGACUUAGCUGAUUCUUAGGCCAGCAGCACUGCUCAAACUAGAAAAAAAUACUUUCUGCUUUUUGUUUAAAACAAACAUACUCCCCCUCUUCCCCCAAAAAACCCAACUGAAAAUACAAACCAAAAAACCCUCAACAAAAUACCACCUUUCAAUUCUACCUUGCUUACCAAGAGUUCAUGAGGAAAAGCCAAACUGGUUUAUAGGGCAGUUGUUCUUUUGCUCAAAGAUGAGCUCAGCUGAGCCUGGGUUUAGAUACUCUGUCAUAUCCUAUUUGGAUUAUUACAUGGUUUUGGCUGUUAGGUAUUAAUUAGGGGUAGGAGUGGGGUAAAUAAUUACUGCUUGAGGAGGAACACUGAGAGGCUCAGGUGUCAUCUUUUGAAAACAGCAGAGGAAACAAUUUUUUUUCUUUUCUUUUCUUUUUUUUUUUUUUUUUCCCAGUAGGACUCUGACAUUGGGUCUGUCAGGGUUGGAGAGUGCAGAGUUUUAAGACACAUUGGUCUGAUCUACCUCAUUGUUUCCAUCAGUGUCAGGCUUGGGGCAGCAUCAGAGCCUUUAAGCUUCAAAAGUGCAAAAAAGCUCAUUUACCUUUCAACUGGGAUAAAGAAACUUUGGGGCUUGUGCCAAAAAGUUUUUCUCUUGAACUGAUGCUGUGUUUGUGCAUGGGUGGUUUUUUGGUUUGUAGUUGUGAUUUUAAUGUUACCUUGUUAAAAGGAUGCACUCUUAGUAAUUAAUAAAAUAAAGUCUAGAUUUUAAGAAUGGGAAACACUGUUUCUCUUAACAAGCCUUCUUCUUGUUGAGAGACUGUCACAUUCUGUCCCAAAGCUAAAACUGUGGGACCAAGUGUGACACAUCUGCUGUGUGACUACAGACUGUGAAAAUGACACACUCGUUCCUACUGUGUGGGAUUUUUGGAUUAGUCUUAACUUAUUGGGAUAUUAUUUAAGCCAAAUUGAGAGGUCUUAAAGGACAUCCCUUCAAUGUGAUCUUGUACUGGUAUCUUUGAGGUGUAAUUUCCAUCACUUGAGCAUUUCAGAGUCCUUUGUCUCCAGGCUUCAGAGCUUCAGUAAGAGUUGCUAUUAUUCCAUGGAAACUCAGGGGUACUGUUCAUAACUUUUUUUUUGAUGUUUGAUGUCAUUCUUCUUAAAGCAGAAUCUCCUAAUGAAAUCAGUGGUUAAAGUUUGUAUUUCAGUUGCUUUUAUGAUGUUCCUUAU